UACUCGGUCAACCGCCAGCCCAAAACUCCCACCCAAUUCCCCAAUCUUCCGGCCAAUUCCCGAUCCCGCCCCAAUCGACCGAGGCCAUCCCUUCUCCUCGGUUCUCGACCUCUCCCAGCAGCGGGAAACCCUAGCAGCGGCACGCGGGCGACGGCGAGGUGUGCUAGGCGGCGCGACCGGCGUGGGCUACAGCGGCCUCCUCCUCCUCCGUGGACGGCGUUGCGAGGCCUGUAGGCUAUCAUCAUUUUUGUUGCAAAAUGGCCACGGAAGCUACUUUGGUCAGUUCUGGUGGUUCUGAGUCUACAAUGCCAUUGCUGGAACAGCUUGCUGAAGUAUUUGGCAAGAUGAAAUCCCACACAGAAGCAUCUCUGCAAUUGCAAAAUGGCUUGCAAUGGGAGGAUAUCAAAGAACAUUUCCUGAACCUAGAUAAGUCGUACAGAAGCAAGUUUGAUGAAUUGGUAGAGAAGCAGAAGGCAUUAGAAGAAAAGAAAGCUGAAGCUUGUAGGUUGAUUGCAGAGAAAGAGGUUAAUGUUUCUGCAAUAGAGCAUGCUUCCCUGAACCAGCUUCAGGAGCUAAGGGAUGCUGCUGUCUCUUCUCUAGCAGAGGUGCGCCAAAAAUAUAAGGUGGAGCUUGCAGAGAUACUUGAUGCCAGUGGAAGCAAAGACAAAAAGGUAAGUAUCUCAAUCAAUGACAACAAUGCAUCUCGUGCUUCAGAGGAGAAUACCCCUGCUAGUGGUUUGGGCGAGCCAUCUGAAGCUUCACCUGUUGAGAUUAAGCCGCGUCCUGUAUUGAAGCAACUAUGUGAGCAGAUGGACACCAAAGGCCUUCUGAAUUUUCUUUCAGAAAAUUGUAAAAAACUCGCUAGCCUUCGCGAUGAACUUUCCGUUGCACUAAGAUGUGCAACUGACCCUGCCCGCUUUGUGCUUGAUUCCCUGGUGGGUUUCUUCCCACCAGACCAAACUAAUUCACCUGGGAAUAAACAUAAUGCCCUUCAGGUCCAGCGCAGGAGCUGCAUUGUUUUAAUGGAAGCUAUAUCACCUGCACUAGGGACGAAGGAGCCGGGUGGCAACCUCCCUUGGAGCUCUGAAAUUAAGGAGCAAGCCAAGGCAAUUGCCGAAGAGUGGAAGAAUAAGUUAGCUGAGGUUGACCUAGAUGCUUCUAAUGGCUAUUCAUUGGAAGCACAGGCAUUCCUGCAGCUUCUUACAACUUUUAAUGUUGAUUCGGUGCUUGACGAAGAUGAACUAUGCAAGAUCGUAGUUGCCAUCUCUCGUCGCAAACAGACUGCUGUGUCCUGUCGCUCUCUUGGUCUUAAUGAGAGAAUACCAGGUAUCAUCGAGGAGCUGGUUAAGAGGCACAGGCAAAUUGAUGCAGUUCAUUUCAUACAAGCUUUCGGGCUUUCCGAGACCUUUCCCCCCGCACCUCUGCUGAAGACAUAUGUUGAGGAAUUAAACGAUUCACUUGACAAUAAUGGGGAUGCCACUGCAAUUUCAUUAAAGGAUGACCCAAAGUCUAGGGAGCUACUUGCCUUGAGAGCUGUAAUAAAGUGCAUCGAAGAGUAUAAGCUUCAGAAGGAGUAUUCACUUGGACCUCUCCAAAAGCGUGUUUCUGAGCUAAAGCCUAAGGGUGAGAAAAGGCCAUCAUUUGAAGGUGGGCGUAAUUACGCAAAGAAGCCUCGAGGCUCUGGCGUUUCAUUUCCUCGGAGACCUGCUCGUUCUGUUGGUUCAGCUGCUCGCAGACCUGCAUUUUCGGUUGGUAACUGGCAGCGUGCUCCUGCGCCAAUGCCCUCCCAUGCUCCUGCACCAAUGCCCUCUCUUCCUGAUAGAUAUGGUGUUGCUGACCGGUACCAUUACACACCACCAGCUACAACAUUUGAUGCAGGAGCAUUUGCUUCUUAUGGUGAACCAUACAGUGCCCCAAAACCAUUUCAGUACACCCCAGGGUCAGUGGCAGCAUCAUACAGUUCAAGUCAAUAUAAAGUUGCGUACGGUGGUCCUGGGACGCAACCAGCCGCAAGCGGCUAUGCAGCUUACGCCAGUGCAACAGGGCCGUCUGCUUCCAGCAGCUAUGCAAAUUAUUUAGGAUCCGGCUAUCGCCCUACCCAACAACCCUAGAUUUGACUUGGUCUCCCUCAAACUGCUAUGCUGGUGAUGCAGGAUAUGGUGACCAGUCUUCCCGUCAAGCUGGGAUGUAACUUUUAUUUUGUUCCACAUCCACAGUAGUGGGUUCUGUAGGUGUAACUGAUGUAGAGCUUCAAGGCUGCGUGAGGCGCCGAUCAAAUUUAUAAAUGCUUUCAUGUCGUCCUACAUCACUACAUGUACCGUACUAGCAUUUUUGCUUUGUGCCGUGCUUAUACCUGACUUGUUGGAUGUUUUCUAUGUUCAGUCAACUAGUAUCCUGUGAUGACUCAA